CUUCCUUUCUGGUUUGGAUCAACACUUCCGGAACAUUUUCAUAUCAGUGGAGGCGAACUGAACAGGGCUCUGGGAGGCAUAGCUUGACAUAACCUUUGCCAAAUUGACAUCUCGACCUUGUUUCUGGCGGAAUUGUCACUACACAAACGGAAAAUAAAUGAGUAAAUGCACCCAGGAUCACAUUGAAAGAUACCUGUGAAAGCUCUUGCUUCCCACCGAAAUGUCAAGGUCACAGUGACAGGGGCGGGCGGUGGCAGAGCCCGUUGCCCCUUUGCCCAGCUGCAGAGCAGCCCCUGUCAGGGAGCACACCCUCCCAUUCCAGUCCUCUGGGUGGCACCUUGAGCCAUGGAGCACCCACGGGAGAAAGAGGGUGAGAGACCUGCACGCGGCAGCAAGGCAGGUCAGGGUCGCAGCGGGCAUUCGCGCCCCUCGGGAUCAGGCUCCUCCGGAGUGCUCAUGGUGGGUCCCAACUUCCGUGUGGGCAAGAAGAUCGGCUGUGGUAACUUUGGAGAGCUGAAGUUAGGUAAAAACCUCUACACCAAUGAGUAUGUUGCAAUAAAAUUGGAACCAAUCAAAUCAAGGGCACCACAGCUGCAUUUGGAGUACCGGUUUUACAAAACAUUAGGCAGCACAGCGGAGGGUCUUCCUCAGGUCUUCUACUUUGGGCCUUGUGGGAAAUACAAUGCCAUGGUGUUAGAGCUGCUGGGUCCCAGUCUAGAAGACCUCUUUGACCUCUGUGACAGGACCUUCUCUCUUAAGACCGUUUUGAUGAUGGCUAUUCAGCUGCUCUCCCGGAUUGAGUACGUCCACUCCAAGAACCUCAUCUACCGAGACGUGAAGCCAGAGAACUUCCUCAUCGGGCGGCAGGGGCACAAGCAGGAGCACAUCAUCCACAUAAUCGACUUUGGCCUGGCCAAAGAGUACAUCGACCCCGAGACCAAAAAACACAUCCCCUACAGGGAACACAAGAGCCUCACAGGGACCGCCCGCUACAUGUCUAUCAACACCCACUUAGGAAAAGAGCAAAGUCGACGGGAUGACCUGGAAGCCCUGGGCCACAUGUUCAUGUAUUUCCUACGAGGGAGUCUGCCGUGGCAAGGACUCAAGGCUGACACCCUGAAAGAGCGAUACCAGAAGAUUGGCGACACCAAGCGCAACACUCCCAUCGAGGUCCUCUGUGAAAGCUUUCCAGAAGAGAUGGCCACCUACCUGCGCUACGUGCGGCGGUUGGACUUCUUUGAGAAGCCCGACUACGAGUAUUUGAGGACUCUGUUCACCGAGCUGCUUGAGCGCAAAGGAUACACCUUUGACUACACCUACGACUGGGAUGGCAGACCGAUUCCUACUCCGGUGGGGGCUGUCAACGUGGACUCGGGUGCAUCUGCCAUCACGAGAGAGAGCAACGCUAACAGAGACAGGCCCUCUCAGCAACAACCCCUACGGAACCAGACGGCAGCAUCAGACCGCAGAGGGGCAUGGGAUGCACAGCCCCACCGGCAGACAAACUCCUCCUACCUGAGCAGCUCCCAUCUGGCCGCAGACAGGCAUGGGGGCUCUGUGCAGGUGGUCAGCUCCACCAAUGGGGAGCUGAAUGCCGAUGACCCAAUGACGGCCCACUCCAACGCACCUAUCGCAGCGCAGGCCGAAGUGGAUGUGGUGGAAGAGGCCAAGUACGUUUCUGCCGCUUUUUAUUCUGUCGUAGCUAGCUCGCUCUCUCUCCCCGUUUUUGUUUGGUCAUCUGUCCCUUUCGAUCGCACUUCGUUUUUUAGUUGUAAUCAAAUCAAAUUUUAUUUGUCACAUGCUUCGUAAACAAGAGCGGACUAACAGUGAAAUACUUACUUUCGGGCUGUUCGCAACAAUGCAGAGAAAGAAAAGAGAAAUAAUAGAAAAGUAAAACACUGAAUAAUAUGCUGAACGGAAAUAUACACAUGCAAUGAUUUAUGAUUUUACUGAGACACAAUUCAUAUAAGGAAAACAGUAAAUUGAAAUAAAUGUAUUCGGCCCUGAUCUAUGGAUUUCACAUGAAUGGGAAUACAGAUAUGCAUCUGUUGGUCACAGAUACCUUUAAAAAAAAAAAAGUAGCUGCGUGGAUCAGGAAAGUAGUCAAUAUCCGGUGUGACCACCAUUUGCCUCAUGCAGCACGACAUAUCUCUUUCGCAUAGAGUUGAUCAGGCUGUUGAUUGUGGCCUGUGGAAUGUUGUCCCACUCCUCUAUUGGCAGGAAACAUAUUGGCAGAAACAUGCUCAACAUGUCUGGUGAGUAUGCAAGCCAUGAAAGAACAGGGACUUUUUCAGGUUCCAGUAAUUGUGUACAGAUCCUUGCAACAUGGGGCCGUGCAUUAUCAUGCUAAAACAUGAGGUGAUGGAGGUGGAUGAAUGGGACGACAACGAGCCUCAGGAUCUCGUCACGGUUUCUCUGUGCAUUCAAAUUGCCAUUGAUAAAAUGCAAGUUUGUUUGUUGUCCAUAGCUUAUGCCUGCCCAUACCAUAACCCCACCGCCACCAUGGGUUCCUCUGUUCACAACGUUGACAUCAGCAAACCGCUCACCCACACGACGCCGUAUACGUGGUCUGUAUACGUGGUCUGCAGUUGAGGCCGGUUGGAUGUAACAGCAGCAUAUGUGAUGAGUAAAAAAAGUUAGUGCAAUGCUGAUAGUCCAGUUAGCUAUUUGGUUAACUAUUUAACUAACUAUUUAGCUGUCUUAUGGCUUGGGGGUAAAAGCUAUUCAGGGUCCUGUUGGUUCCAGACUUUGUGCAUCGUUACCGCUUACCGUGUGGUAGCAGAGAGAACAGUCUAUUACGGGUGGCUGAAGUCUUCAACAAUUUUUAGGGCCUUCCUCUGUCACCGCCUGUUGUAGAGGUCCUGGAUAGCAGGGAGCUCUGCCCCAGUGAUGUACUGGGCCGUACGCAGUACCCUCUGCGCAGCGCCUUCCGGUCGGAUGCCAAGUAAUUGACAUACCAAGUGGUGAUGCAGCCAGUCAAGAUGCUCUCAAUGUAGACAUUGUUGAGAAUCUGAGGGCCCAUGCCAAAUCUUUUCAGCCUCCUAAGGGGGAAGAGGCAUUAUUGUGCACUCUUCACGACUGCGUUUGUGUGUUUGGACCGUAAUAGAUCCUUAGAGAUGUGGAAACUGAGGAACUUGAAGCUCUCAACUCUCUUCACUCCAGCCCUGUCCGUGUGAAUGGGGGCAUGCUCGGCCCUCCAUUUCCUGUAAUCCAUGAUCAGCUCCUUUGUCUUGCUGACGUUGAGGAAGAGGUUGUCCUGGCACCACACUGCCAGGUCUCUGACAUCCCUAUAGGCUGUCUCGUGGUCGUAGGUGAUCAGGCCUACCACUGUCGACAAUCUUAAUGAUGGUAAUGGAGUCGUGCGUGGCCACGCAGUCGUGGGUGAACAGGGAGUACAGGAGGGAACUAAGCACACAACCCUGAGGGGCUCCUAUGUUGAGUGUCAAUGUGAUCGAUGUGUUGUUGCCUACCCUCACCACCUAGGUGCGUCCCGUCAGGCAGUCCAGGAUCCAGUUGCAGAUGAAGGCCAUGUCCAGGCUUUCAAAGCAUUUCAUGGCUACAGAUGAAUGUUACGGGUCAAUAGCCAUUUAGACAGGUUACCUUGGCGUUCUUGGGCACAGGGACUAUAGUGGUCUGCUUGAAACGUGUAGGUAUUACAGACUGGGUUAGGGACAGGUUAAACAUUUCAGUGAAGACAUUGAAGAAAUGUAUUGGAAGACGAUUUAUGACAGUGGUAUUUUGGGUAAUUUCUUUACUAUAACUCUUGCUCAGUCCAUGAGAUUGACUAACUGUCCAAUUCCAACCAGUUUGAAGUACCGUGAAAGCGUAUGAGAUACAAGAAAUCAAACUGCCUGAGCUGGGAUAAAAUCAUGUCCAAACAAGUUCUCUUGUGGCAGGAACCUGUCGGGACUGGGUGGUAAACUGAUAAUCUGCAACAAACCAUCUUUUGGUUGUUAGUUUCAAUUAUGAUACAUGGGGAAAAAUGCUUAACAUUUCUGAUUAUCUGAAUUAUUUUAAUCAUAAAAUAUACUUUCUACCUAAAACAAAAAAUAACAAAAUUCCCCUCGUAUACUUUCACCUUUCUCUUUGUUUUAGUUUCCCUUGCAUGAACUGUGAUGAUUGUCCUUUCCCCCACUUUGCCCAGCCACACUCUUACGUGUGUGUGUGUGUGUGUGUGUGUGUGUGUGUGUGUGUGUGUGUGUGUGUGUGUGUGUGUGUGUGUGUGUGUGUGUGUGUGUGUGUGUGUGUGUGUGUGUGUGUGUGUGUGUGUGUGUGUGUGUGUGUGUGUGUGCUGCGCAUAUGUGGUUCUACCUUGCACAAGGACUAUUCUGCAUCGUUGUCUCGAUCUCUGUACAGUAUUAAUCUGUCUUUUCUCCUCACACUCUCUCUGUAGCUGCGUGAAAAUGCUCAACCUGUGGUGAGUCCCACUCCCAUACACAUCAGCCAUUCAAAGGGAGUGGACCAGACUAGCACUAAACCAAUACCACCAGACUAGCGCCAGACAACAUAUCCAGCACUGUGUUGGUUUCUUGGCUUCACCCUUGACAUUCCAUUAAACAAAUAACAAUGUUGCUUUCAUAUUGGAUUUGAGGCUUCUCACAUGGAGUGACUAAUAUCCUUUUCACACUACUAAGAGGAGCUGAAGUAUGAUUAUGUAGCUCAACUGGAAAGACUCAGGCCAAAGCCACACAGUGCUUGUCUCCGUCAAGAACAGAUUUGUGAUGGCAUUCGUAUGGGGUUCACAAAGAACUGCAACGUUGGUUAUACAGUUACCUGCCUGCAACCUUGUUCGAUCUAAUUGUAGAGCAUUACGGAAACGUUUUGUGCCAGCUGGGUAGCAUACAGUCUGGGUUUAUUCCCUCCCCAUCACAUGCUCGCUCUCUUCUCACGUCACACUCUCGCACUCCAUUUUUAUAACUGUUAAAUGUUGACAUUAAUUACAUAUUUGAAGUUGAGUAAGUUUGGAGUGAUUGCAGCAUAAUAUUGAGAGCUAUAGAUUGUCAAGUAACUUUCCUCUUCUGUCUCUUAAUCCUUUCUCUUCAGGUGUUGUUGCUUCUUCAAGCGAAAACGGAAGAAGAACACUCCACGGCAGAAAUGAUCUCCUGCUACCCUGUCCGGUGUCGCUGAGCGAGUUUGGUUUUAAGGAAACUAAUGAAGGGACAUUUCUGGGAGGGAGUUGGGAGAGAGACUUGUUAUAUCAAGAGAAUGGGAUUCUUACUGACCUGGACCUACUGAAUGGAACUACUAUACACAUGAAGACCUUGGCCACAAAGUCCUUUCUUUUCUUUCCUUCUCGGUGGCUGAAUGGAUGAAUGACUAAAUUUGACUUUUGACCUUUCCUCUGGAUACUGGAGGACGCCUGAGGACAUCUCUUCAUCUGCCCCAGUUUUUUUUCUUUCUUUUGCUCAAGCGGAGAUCAAAAGUCAAGUCUUCCCCUCCAUUUCUCUUUUCGGGCGUGAGGAGACCAGUCUAUAGACCUCUACCACCUUUUUCUUUCUCGUGUGUCUCUCCUCUUUCUCUCACCAAACCCACACACAUCCACAGUAAAAGCCGGUCUUAAGCUGUCCCUUUUGCUUUUUGUUCAUGCAUAUUUAUGUCUGUACAUACGUAGGUGUGGAUGUUUGUUUGAAUGUGUGAAUGUGCCCUAAUGGCUAAUUGGUUCAUAUGCCACGAAGCUCCUCCCACUCAGCCCUGUUUGACUGUCUUGUGAAGAAGGCAUUAUAGAUGAUGCUUCCUAGUCCUGAAGUAACCUUGCUCCAACCCUAGACACCUCCAUGGUCCCUUGUAGAUCUGCAAAGAUGCCACAGAUUCUUUUGAAUCUAUCAAGAAGGGUCUGCAGGUUGAUUUGGGAUUGGCAUAAGUAGUCAAAGCAGAAAGAAACUGUAGAAAAGGAGCGAACACCAAAAGAAGCACUUUUCUAAUGCAUCCUUACCAGAAAAAAUCCUGAUGUGUACCAAUUCACCUCUCAACAAUCACUAAAUUUACCUGCUGCCUCCAUAUUUGUGUUAAAAACAAUUGUGCUAAUUUCAAUGAUAUGCAAGAAAAAUGUUAGACCGCAGCGAGUGACCAAAGGGAUGUGUGUGGACAGAGGCACUAUUAUAUUACCAGAUUUAGAUUGAACUGAAAAUGAUUUGUAUUCUAGAUCCACAUUUGAUGCACUGGUCAUUAUUACCCACCCACUCCUUUUCAGCUUUUCAAUUUCAGGCCAAUUGUAAAAAAUGUUGGGGGGGGGAGUGUGUGUAUCACCAAUAGAUCUGUUAUGAGUUGCAUUUUGCAUUGCUUUUGGUAACAUUGCCGGUACCUGUAAACUGGUCCCUGUUAUCCACAAACACCUAUCUUUGUGUCUGUGUGGAUUUAGGUAAAGUUGCUUCCAAAUGCUGAUCUAAGGUCAGUUGUCGAUUUUUCAUUUAUUUUAUUUUUUUACCUCCCAAUGUUUAAAGCUAGGAUUGGGCUAGAGUGAACUGACACCAGAUGUACACUUUAGGGUGGCUUCUACCUCCAGUCUGUCUGUUUGUGUACUGAAUCUAGGACAAGGAGAACAGACUUGGCUCUCCUAUUGAUUUAGAUGCUACUGCUCCUCCUGCUGGCCUUAUCAUGUAAUGCCUUAAUCAGACCACCUCUCUUCAGAGCCUUUCAGGAUAGGCAUCUGUUCACUGCAACAACACACCAGCCAAUAAGAAGACAUGUUGACAAGUCUGGUUCCUAUAUAGCAGUGUUGCUCAACUGGAUUCCUGGGGUACCGUAUGGUGUUGCAUAUUUUUGUUCUAGCCCAGCCCGAACACCUGAAUCAACUAAUUACAGGUUUAAUUAUUAGUUGAGUCUUAUUUUUGAAUCAGGUGUGUUUGCUGGGCUAGAACAGAAAAAUGGAGCUGUGCUGCGGUGUGGACGAUCAAGACCUGGACUUAAGAAAUGGAAGCUGUAGAGAGGGAGACUAUACAGCUGCCUCAAUGCCCCUUAGAGGUCAAAAUGAUUUAGCCUGUGGAAAUGGUUGAGUUUUAGGAGAUGACACUGGUCUCACUUUAAAUCAAUUUUAGCGCAGACAAGGUUGAGAAAGCAGAAUUUGAAGAUUUCAAAUACAGGAACCUCAAUUUUUUUCCCUCUAAGGUCAUCAGAGUGAAAGGAAGUGAAGGGCCUUUUUUAUUCUUCAGAUAUGCUUAUUUGUGUUCCUCUGCAGUCAAAACAUUUGAGGUUGUGAAAUGCUACAUUUUACAAUAAUAUUCUACCCUCUUGGUAAACCUCAGUGUUUACUCCUGAGUGGUUAUCUUGUCUGUUUUCAAUUUAUUUUCUUUUGUGUUGUCAAUGUGAACUGAAAAUGUAUGAUGUCCUGUAAUUUGUAUUUUUUUAAUCAUUGAAUGAUCUUGCUUUUUCAUGGGGGGGAAAGUAUUUAAACAGCGAUUGAGUGCACUACUUAUUUUGUACCUACUGUUGACUGUAGUUAGAAUGCCAGUCUCGCUCUCUACCAUCUAGAUACUAUCCACUGUUUCACUUGUGUAUUAUGGAAAUGGUGGAAAGAACUCUGUGGCUUUGAGUCAAGGCUGGAGGAAUUGUCAAUUUCCUUAUGCUUCUAUUGAAGAACUCCCUAGUACACAGACAGACACACAGGCUUGUGUGAUACGUUCCUAUGAUACGUUUUUAUCUUUGGAGUCAGUUCCCUGGUUGUCUUUUAUAGGGACAAACAAAAGCUAUGUAUAUUUUUGAGUAAGUUUAUUUUUAUUAUUUUUUGUGCUGUGUGCAAAUGUCGUAUUCUUCCUUGAAAGUGUAUGUCUUGAGUAAGUAUCUCUGCAGUUUAAAUUAUUUCAAAUGUACUUGAAUUGAAAGAUGUGGGACGAGUCUUAGUCAAGUAGUGGAAUGUCAGGAUUUACUCAAAUGCCAUUGUCUGACUAAAUUAUGUGCUUGUGAGUGAUCUUAAUUCAUGGAUUGGUCAGUUGAUUCACCCACCUAUCAUUCAGACUUUUACACAUUGCUGCUGACCACACCAGGAUAAUUCUGAACUAGGUAAAAGGCUUAAGCUGUGGUGUCGCUCUCCUUCUCUUGCUCUCUCCAUUUCUCUCUCCUUCACCUUGUUGUUUUUGCUGGCUUCCUCCCUUCCUUGAAGUAAUAAGUGAUAUAAUGUGACAGUUGAAAGAAAUGGCUUUUCCCUUACGGAUUUCACCUGUCUAGUCAUGUCCAAUCAGUGAUUACUUGAAGGAAGAGAGAAAGGACUGUAUUUAUCCCAGGCCUUUUGACUUUCUAUGACCCUGGUGCAGCAUGGAGGUGCUGACCCCAGGGUUUCUUGAGAGGACAGAGGAUGUAUUUUCCGCGAGUUACCACAGCCAUAUUGUCAAAAUUGGCUAUAUUGUAAAAAUGCAUGACACUUUUUGGUCUUAAUUUAAGAUUAGUGUUAGGUAUAAUAUUAGCAGUGUGGUUAGAGAUAGGUUUAAAAUUACAUUUUUAAGAACAUAAAUCGUAGAAGUAGGGGUGUUUAUGACUUUGUGGCUAGGGUAACUAGUGAAGAACAGUGGCUUAUUCACCGGAGUCCUACACGCCCCUUGAUGGCAGUAUAUAUUUGCCCAUGCAGCCUUCUGAUCCCACUGUGGGUAAUUUUGACGCUGCACAUUCCUAUUGCUCCAUGACAUGUUAACACAACCUCCUCCGAUGGCAGGGUUUGUUUGAGAUGUCACUCACUGUAUCAGGAUGCGCUGACUAUGAAUAUGUAUACCUCAAGAGAAAAGCCAUUACUGUCUCUAGUACACACACACACUUUUUGUUCUUUCAUCUCAGUCUUUGCUCCCCAGUGCCAGCUUCAUGACCUCUAACCUUCCUCUGGUGCCAAGGGUGCUGAAAUGUUAACAUGUUGUAGACAUGAGCCCUAUUCUCUGCUCUUAAGAUGGUGCCAUUUUAGGCACUGGCAUUUGGUGGGUUAGCUGUAUCAUUGCAAGUGCUUUUGGAGAAAACAUUCAGAAAUAUUUUGUUUUUUGCCAUGUUAUUGCUUACCUGCUGUCUUCCCAGGCUGUGCUUGUGUAACAACCAUACCAUCACAGAAUUGGUAUGGUUGCGCAUUUCUGACAUUCCAUAAAAGGUCUUAUUUUGCUUUAGAUAAUUUACGUGACUAAGAAUUCAUGAGGCUUCUACUACAGUAAUAUUGCUUAUGAUUACAGAUUAUAAUUUCUUUCAUUAAGUAUUCUUGACCUGCUUUUCUUGCUUGAUCCCAACAACCAAAGUUAUUGUUUUGGCAUCCUUGUUUUCUUGUCAUUGUACUUCCUUUUUAUUAAUGGAACCACUUACUUUAAUACAUACUUGAAAUGUUUUGCCACAGUUUGUGCAACAUGUACAUAUGUACAGUCACCUCUAAAUGAUCUAGAUGCUACAGGGGGGGCAUGACUUUGUACCCUCUCCAUCAGCAACUAGUAGACGACACUGAGUCAGAUGGCUUUGACCAGUUGUAUCCUCGUCAUGCCUUCUCCAUCUAGGGGUAGAUUAAUUCAACCUGAGGUUUUCUCAUUGGCUUUAAGCACAAUGUUAUUGUACUGGUAUGCUUUGUGUAUUUAAAGAAUACUAUCUUGCUUGAAUGAAACGGGUCCAUCAGGGCCUUAACGACCAUUUUCAUCGUUGCUGGUUCCUUUUUCAUUCUCACUGUCAUUCCAGACAAUCUCUCCACUUCCUCAGUGUUGGAGAGACCAUUUAUCGAUGGUUGCUUGCAGUUGUCCACAGAAAUGUGUAGGGCACGAGCUGCAAAGACUGCUCAAGUGAGGUAGACUUUUUCCGACAUUACGUUCAGAGUUGCUUAAACUGUAGACCUCCAGUGGUUAGAGACAAGACUGCAAUAUUGUACUGAUUAUUUUCAAUUGUAAAGUUAAUUAUGUUCAAAUGGGAGUCUAUUUUCUUGAUCCGUUUUUCUUUUCUCCCUCUUCAAAGCUGUCUCCUGUUCUGGUAAUAGUUUCAAAGCUAUGAAUAUGAGUCAAGUAUUAAAAUUGUAUUAUGAAUAUUACUGUGUUGAAACAUGAAUGUUACUUCAAAAUGUAUUUGAAUGCUUUAAUCUGGUUAAGGGCUCCAAUUGUGAAAAAAACUUUUUUUUCAGGUUUUUGAAUUCCUUUUCUUUUUUUCUUUUUACGGAAAGAAACAAGGUCUAGACUCUUUCUGUCUUAAAAUGCCUACCCCCCCUUGCCCCCAGAAGCCUCAAGUGAAAUGUGUCUUGGGACCUUUCCAAAAUCUUACUUUUUAUUCCCUCCUAACUUAAAGGGAAAACCAAGUUUGCACCCUUUUUUAUGUAAAAUAAAUCUCUCUUAACCUUUA